GAUGUUGAUGGAAGAAACGAAUGAGAUUAAACAAGAACCGCAACCAGGGAUUAGCGGUCACUUCACGGUUGAGCGAUUACCUCCUAUGACAAAACAAUCAACCUUCAGUCAUAAAAGUGAAAACGAUUUAUCGAGUUUGGCGUGGUUGACCACCGUGGAUGUGCAGCAAAGUCUACGACGAGGCAACGAUGGAGAGGAACAACCCACACAUGAAGGGGUGCCAGGUAUUGGGUCCCUUCUCACCACAUGCGGGUCCCAACCCCCAUUCACCCCCCAACUAACCCCUACUGACCCCCACACCCCUACUUUACCCCAACCUAACCCACAACGCACACCCCAACCAAGGUACACACCAAUCAAACCCAACCCAUCUCAAGAAGGUCACUCCCGUUACAUGCUUCACCCCACCCAACAACAUGGCGUCACCCAUCGUACCCUACUACCCAUGCAACAAUACCCCUAUCACCCCUACCCACCACCCCCGUAUGGGGCUUCGUCGGGGUACGAGGGGUUUCCCCAUCAACGGUACCAACAACAACAACAACCAAAGGUGUUUCCGAAGCCAGUAUAUUCCUACAGUUGUUUGAUAGCGAUGUCGCUCCGUAACAGCAAGUCCGGAUGUUUACCCGUAGCCGACAUAUACAGCUUCAUGAUGGAGAACUUCCCUUACUUUAAAACAGCACCCGAUGGUUGGAAGAAUUCGGUUCGGCAUAAUUUAUCGCUGAACAAGUGCUUUGAAAAGGUGGGG